ACUGGCUACAUUUUCUCUAAACUCCUGUCUCGCUUAUUGGUGAUCAAUUACAAUUUAGCUGGCGGCGAGGCAAUACGUUUUUAAUCUUUCAGAAUUAAAUAGCAGACUGAAAAAAAUCUUGUUCGAUCUUAUACGACUCUUUUUCUUCAAAAACUAUUGAGAGAAAAUAAAUUCAUUUUAGAUAAGAAAAUUUAAUUGAACUGUAAUGUAUUCGGGAUUGUUUAAAUUGUGAGUUAUACUUCUUGCAUAUUGUGAACGUGAGUGACAGUUGAAUGGCCGAACCGGAAGCAGAGCCAGAAGUAGAGCCGGAGCCGGAACCGGAAAGUGAGGCUGAAUCAGAAAUCACCGGAAGUAGUAACACAGAACCGGAACCUAAUUGGUCAACUGCUUUCGAUCAGUGGGGACCAGCAUGGCAUUUGCAUGUUUACAUUGUCGCAACGGCUUUUAUGUUAAUAGCAAUAUUUACAGCAAUGAGUAUGGUUGUUUAUUUACGGGAUAAACGUUUGUUAAAACAAGGGACGUUGACGUUCACGUUACAAUGUCUCUUACUUUAUUUUACCCUAUUACGGUCAUUAGUUAUGUUCAUCAACCCGUAUCAAACAUCUGAUACCAUCAAUGAUACAGUGUUUCACAUGAUGUGGUCAUUUGCACUUCCAGGAUUGACGGCGUCAUUCAGUGUGCUACUUUUGGUGUUUUUAGAUACGACGAAAAUGACAUUAGGACCUCCUCUUUUUCAAAAACUCUCAGUGCUUUUGGUAUUUACUGCCUGCCAUUUUGUUAUCGUUGUACUCUCUGACGUUAUUUGUAUACUGAGUGAGAGCUCCUGCAAACCCAUGUUGAUGUUUUGUCAGUCACUAUUUAUACUAUACGGGACAUCGUUGUCCGCCGGAUAUUUAUACACGGCGGUAUCCCUCCACCGGAAAUGCGUCACAGGCGUAAUAAGUGCCGCAGAAAACAAGAAAAUGUUGCGACUCAUAAGAAUAUCUGGGUUUGGUGCAAUCAUAGCAUUUUCUAUUGCCGUAACCCACCUUUACGCUGCAUGCAGUAAAUUUGGUAUUUAUAGUGACGUCACAUACGUUAACGCCUGGGAUUGGUGGGUUCUACAGUCAGUCCUAAGAGUUGAAGAAAUAACGUCAUCUUGUCUUAUACUUUUGAUUGCGUUCAGGAAUCCUUUUUCCGACACCUGCAAAAUAAAGCAAUGGAUGACGAACUCCUUAAACAGAAAAACGAAUCCAUUGCAAAACACGGCUAUAACAGUGAUUGAUAAAACAGAAAUGCCGUAACGGAUUGACUGUCUCGUAACAGAGGUUAGAGUACCACAUGGGAAUUUUUACAUCAAAAGGAAAUAAACUUUUAUAAUGUUGGCACGUUGUGUGCAAAGCUCUUGUAUCCACUUUUAUAGCAUCUCCGAUGUUCCCUAGAAUAAAUAAAAUUCAUUAAAUUGUAUGUACGAUAAGCACGAGUUUAGCUAAAGUGUUGUUGUCACAGGACAGGAUUCAAGAACUAGUAUAAAGAACAUCUGUUGUUAGGUAUAUACGAGUAUAUUCUUGUUUUGAUACUCGAAGAAGCUGCAUACAUAUGCACAGAUUAUAAGCCAUCUUAUUGAUAAUUAUAGAUAAUAAAUACUGCAUUAAAUUUAUAAUGUACUAGUAUAUGAUGGUUUGUAUUCAUAUGUCUCGCUCAAAGGAAUCAUUAGGAAUAUCGCUAUAACUUUGGAGUCAGAA